UUGAGUAUUACUAUCAUUGAUUCCAGAAAGGAUAUGCUUCCGUAAUAAACACGAUGGAUCUGAACAACAUAAGGUAACAUUAUUAUCCUCGUUCAUACGCCAGCCUCCAGAUUCAUUCAAGCCGUGCAACGCCUGAACAACGCGGGGAGGUCUCAGUGGGAAUCGGAGUCGCCUAGGACUAGAAGCGGAAUCCACGUCUAGUGCUCCCUUUGCUGUAAUAGCCCACUCAAUCUCGACCCGGCACAAGCUUGUAGUCACCUUGUCAUUGGCUCAGUCGUGCUCUUCUUCUUGAGCCAAAUAUAUUAGAUGUGGUCGAAUGCUCGAGACGUCGCCGCAGGCGACCUCGUUAUCAUCUGGCAGACUCGAGAACUCAUUCAACCUUUACUCAUCACUCCAGGGAAAGAUCUUAAUUCCAGGUUUGGAUAUUACCGGCAUGCAGACCUUGUUGGAAUUCCCUAUGGGUCCAAAGUCGGAUCUCGCAAUGGCAAAGGAUUCAUCCAUGUCCUUCGACCGACUCCGGAGCUUUGGACGAUGGCACUUCCCCAUCGUACUCAGAUCUUGUAUCUUGCCGAUAUCGCGUUUAUCACCUCAUGGCUUGACAUCAAACGUGGAAGCAGUGUCAUCGAAGCUGGUACUGGUUCGGGAUCGUUCUCCCACUCCAUCGCAAGGACGAUAGGGUCGGUAGGACAUCUUUGGUCAUACGAAUUUCACGAGGCCCGUGCAAACAAGGCGAGGGAGGAGUUUUCGCUCCACGGAAUGGCAGACAUUGUCACCCUCACACACCGCAACGUGUGCAAGGACGGUUUCACAGUUGAAGACACGGCUGAUGCAGUAUUCCUCGACCUUCCGGCGCCGUGGGACGCUAUUGAGCACGCCAAGAAAGCAUUGAAGAAAACCAGCCCCACUCGUAUAUGCUGUUUUAGUCCAUGUACGGAGCAAGUUCUUCGGACAGUUAGCGCCCUAAACGAUUCAGGUUUCACGGACAUCACGAUGUUUGAGACGUUACUGAGACCUCACGAAGUUCACCAACUAUCACUACAGCCUCUGACCCAAGCGGUCGAGAAGCUCAAAAAAUUAGAACAAAAACGUGAAGACAAACGCCAACAUCAGAUCGCAAGGUCGAGUAAAAGAAAGCGGGAUGAUUUACAGGAAACGGACGCUGACAAUGUGGGAGGGAAAAGGCUUAGAACUCAAGAAUCGGGAGAGGAGGAUGUUGGUAUCCGCGAUAUCCCGGAUGCUGUGGUAGACCCUGGCCAAUCUGCCAACCAACCAUCACCAAUCAAACUUUCUGUCUCAAAAGUGUCUCCCGACGUCCGAGGUCACACAUCGUAUUUAACUUUUGCUCGGCUGGUACCCACAGCUCCUUCAAAAUCUGUCGCA